AUGUUGGCCUCUUCUUUGGCUUGCCGAUCGUUGAUGGGACUGAGGAGCUCGGCAAUGCCGAGUGUCAGAGCCUUCCGUACUUGCGCCCCUUUAAAUGGGGCGGCAUUGGUUAGCCCAGCUAGACCAACCAAGACGAUUCCUUCGGCCGCUGGCCCCUUCAAAUUAGAACGUCAGGUAUUCAUCGCCACUCUCCCAUUGCUUCCCCUUUCGUACUUUGUUCACGGUUCGGCGAUGGAUUGGAUUGUCACUGCUGCCAUUGUUGCUAAUUGCCAUUUGUGAGUUCAUUCUAUCAUAUUUUUUACGUUUUAGUGGUGGACAUGCUGUUGUCACAGAUUAUGCCCGUCCGAUUGUUGUUGGAGAAGGUUUCGCGAAAGCCGCUCAUUACCUUUCAUACGUUGGAACGGCCCUUUUGGCCAUUGUAUUGGUCAACUUUAACAUCAACGACGUUGGAAUCACCCGUGCCUUCGAACUUGUCUUUAGCUUGUAA